AGUCCCUCCCAAAUUGAGUUAAAAAUUCAACAUGGCGGACGUUUGGGAACAACUUCCAUUGAGAAGAAAGAAUAGAAAAGAAAGAAGCAUGAAUUAUGCUCUUACACCACUCUGGUUUGAUCAUUCGGUGGAUUUCUGCAUCAGGAAAAGAUGAACAUUAUUCCAACAGUGGAUGGACAGAGCCAUACUUUCCUGUCUGAGAAUGUUCGUCAGCUGAUUUGCGAAUCUUUCGAAGGGCUUGAAUGUGCUGGAAUCAAUGCGAUCCGGGCGUCUGAAUGUGAUUUCACAGAGGAUGGUUAUUUGUUAUGGGAAAAAAUUGGGACAGUUCUUGGGCAAGAUCUAAUUAAUGAUCACUCCAACUGUGAUUAUCAUGAUGCUGUGACAAGGUUACGUCCAGUUUGUCAUGCUGUCCACCAGGAGCUUAUCUGUCUACAGCCACCUGAAUUUGAAAUGCAAUACAUGCCUUGUCUUUUAUGGACUGGAUGUGAGAGAAGAUUUCAAGAGUGCUUCAAACUUCUCAAAUCUCCAAAUACUGCUGAUAAUAACUUGUGCCUGUUACUUUUGACAUCUUCUCUGGAGCAUGCACUGGGUGAUGUGUAUUUGUCAUAUUCUUGUGCACCUCAUUGUCCAUCUUUACUUAAAGACUUGUUAGCAACACAAGAACUGAAAGAAGUGUUUGGUGAAACAGUGAUAAGGCUUUUGCACAUCUUAAUUGGCCCUCCCUCCAGCCUAAACCUUAGGAAUGUUUUGUGGCAUGGCUUUGCAGGACCUGGAGAAGUUCCUAUUCAGUAUAUCUCACUGCUGCUAGUGAUCACUGCUUCACUGAAUGUCAAGCUAAAAGACCCUCCAUUUUGUUCAAGAGAGAUUAAGAGGAGACCUUUGAUUGCCUUGUCAACUUGUGCUGAUGAUAAACUUCACAGUGCUUUUCCUACUUUAGAACUGUGUAACAUGACAGAGAUAUUCAAUUUAUUUUAUUCAAGUUCUUUUAUCAUUCCAAGUAUGCUUCCAUUGUGGCUUACAGCACUUGAUUACUUAAAAGAGCAAAGAUUUGACUUUUGUGUCAUGCUAUUGCUCCCUCAGUUGGAACAUGGUCUAAGGAGAGUAUUUGCUUGUGUAAACAACUGUCCACACAGAGUUCUGACAGCAGAAUCAACAGUAUUGUAUACAACAUUUGAUGAGAUUCUUGCACCUGUUUUACAAGAUGGCACGGAAAACCUUUUGAGGCAAGAAUUAGGAGAUGCCCUCAUGGAAAUGUUGCUUGAUGUUCUUGUGCAUUCAGAGGGACCAAGAAUUCGAGACCGCAUUAGCCAUGGUGAAGUGGAUCUGCAGCAGAUUUCACAGCAGUUGGCCAAUCACAUUCUCUGCAUUUGUAUUGCAUUUGCUGGAUCAUAUUUGAACUCAGAUGCUGGAAAUUUCCCAAUUACCUCAAGGAUCUGUGAAACAGCAAAAGUGUACAAGUCCCUGUUUCAUCCUAUUUCUCUCUUAGCAAAGGUAGUACACAAUCUUGCUUUUCUAUUGCUGAAGUGGAAAGAUCUACCAAAACCAUCUGCUGAAGAAUUUGACAUUUUGGAGUGUGAUGGCAACAAAAGCACUGCUAAAUUUCCAAAUAUGUCAAGAGCCCUCCAAGCUGUUAUCAUGGCAUCAACCAUUUUAAGUGGUGAAAGUUUAUCUAAAAUGUUACCUUGUCAAUUUGAUUUGGACAACACUGACACUUUUUUCCAAGGAUGUUUACAAAUCUUGGAUACUGCCUCAUUUCCAACUCUGUUCAGGCCUAAAGGAGAGCUGGAGAUUGCUAUAUUGUUACGGAGCAUUGUACAACGUGGAAAAGUGACAUUUGAGCAGAUCUGUGAAGUAGCGGCCAUGAGAUACAAACAGUGGAAGAACAGAGAGCUCCGACAGCGACAGAGAGCAAAUUACAAACGUCUUUGGAGCCACUUGCCUUUCAUACGAGCCGUUUUGCAGCUGAUGGUGCUGGUUGUUAUUGAAGAAUUGCAUCAGCUUCCAAGGAACUCGGAAAUAAUACAUAGAAGCGCAUUCAUCAAAUUCUUAAAGCGAUGUCUUCAAUGCAGUGAAAAUAUGGAGUCGUUAUCCAGCAAGUCUAAAAACAAAUGGGACGAAUGCAGUACUGUUGGAGAAACAUUUGUGGAUUGUGUGCAUGGUUAUUAUAAUGAACAUCGACAUAAAUUGGUGUCAUGACGACCUUCGAAGUCCACUUUACGGUCUCUUUACUGUAUUUCUCAACCUGGAUUAAGCGCCCACCCUUCGAAUAAGUGCGCUCCCCCUCCUUCCAAAAAAGGAAAAUUACUGAAAACUGUUCAAGAAGAGACACCUCGUUCCCAGGGUCUCUCAUCUUCCCGCCGCCUCUCGCUCCAGGGGGCGGAAAGAUGAGAGACCCUGGGAACGAGGUUUUAAGAAGAGUAUCUAUUAUCAUUUCCAUGCUGGCUUACAAUCUCUAAAUUAACUAUGUAUGGUUCAUCUUCACGUGUUAUUUUUUAUUGUUUUGUUGCAAAAUAAACGUAUUACUUGUGAAAUUGGGUAGUGAAAAUUGAGUAAGUAACCAGCCUCGAGUAUGCUUUUCCCUCGGAUAAGCGCCCACUCCCAAAGUCCAAAAAAUAAAUAAACACCAAGGGAGCUUAAUCGAAUAAUAAUUACGGUACGUAAAAAACACAGGAUAAAAGAGUUGUAUGAAAUUUUUUAUCAAUAAAUUAUUUUAUCAAUAUAUUAUUGACAGAACUUUCAAGCGGUAUCUUGACGGGUCUCCCUCUCAAAAAAAGCCGGAACAUUAAUGAUGACAAUAAUACACGUUACCUUAAACUCACUUUUGUUGGCUAUUAUUCAAAAUAGCGAACUUUAACUCCGACAACUCACUAUGCGCUCUUGCAAAUCGGACCUAAAUAUCAAACUAGUUUUCACUUCUUUUAAAAUUAAA